AAUUAUAGGAGUGGAAGUUGCACAGUGAGGAGUAUGAGUGGCCCCUGAAAGUUCCCAAGAACCCAUCUUUUUUCUUCUUCUUUUUCUCCCUUAUAUAGUCCCUCCAUUCCAUGAAAUUCAAAGUUUCCAACUUCAACCCAUAAAUUUUCUCACCAUCCAAGUGCAACCCAGAAAGAAAAAAAUGCGCAAUCACCGGCCUGUGACCAUGGAAAUCACAGUUCUCUCAGCUGAAGGUCUCAGGGCAGCAUCUUCCCUUGCCGUCUUCUCUCACAGGCUGAGACCCUUCAUCACCCUCACCAUGGUGGCCCCACCGAGUCCGUACUACCCAACCAACGAUGAUAAGAGCUGCCACGUGUACACAACAAGGGUGGAUGAUGAAGGAGGGACCAAUCCCACUUGGGGUGACAAGUUCCGUCUCCCAAUAGACUCUUCUUUCUUCACCAACAGAUAUUCCGGCGUCCAUCUCCAGCUUUAUACCAAGCGAAUCCUAUUGGGCCAGGCCCAGUUGGGUUGGUGCCAAAUCCCGGCCCAUGAUAUUGGGCUUCCGUCGGCCGGCACCGUCCGCCACCUGAGUUACCGGUUACGGGCUAGAGACGGUUCAAGGACGCGCGGCGUUAUCAACAUUGCCGUGAGAUUAGAAGGUUUGGAGCCAGUUGGUGGUCCCGUAUUGGCGAACUCUGUUCCGCCGAGUUUGGCUACGUGUCAGACUGUGAUUGGUAUACCGGUGAGAUCAUAUCCAGCUGUCAAUAGGUUCUCUUCCACGUGUCAUGAACAAGUAGGUAUUAAAUAUAUUGGAGGGUGAUGGAUGAGUAUUGUCAAAUGAGUUUCAUAAUGUUAAAUUAUUAUGUGAGUUUCGUCAAUGUGUUAAUGAUUAAUGAUAAGUUAUUUGGCGAGCCCUCCUGAGUGGAUAUCAAGAUAGCGAACCUCGCGGAUUAGAAGUUAGUAAUUGUGUAUAUGUGAGAGAUGUUGAAAAAAAUGCCAUGCCAAGAGUGAAAUAUGUAAUUAAUUAUUCAAUCAUAAAGUAGAUGUUUAUUAAAUAUCAACGUUGUGGUUUAAUUUUAAGAAAUACUUCAUAUUAAUAUGAAUUUUAAAUCUAAUUUUUUAUGUGAAUCA